AUGGCUGCCCUUAAUAUAAGUGGCAACUGGGUGAUGGACAAGACCCGAUCAGCCAACCUAGAUGCAGUUCUAAAACUGCAAGGCAUUAGAUGGAUAACAAGGAAGGUCAUCGGGACGUCGACGAUGACGCUGAAGAUUACCCAGGUUUCAGACACAAAUGGCUCGACGGGGGAACCGGUUGAAUGGAUGACUUUGGAGGCUGCCCUGACGGGUGGUCUGAAAGGUGUGCCGGAGAGGCGUCCGUUGACGUGGACCGAGUUCGAGCAUGAUGACACGAUCUUCGGUCCUGUUGUUAUCCGCAGUCAUUACGUUUCCGAGAAAAGGAAUUCAGGCGGACGAGUCUGCCCCCUUGUUGAGCUGCAGACCAAAGAUGCUGGUUGCUUGGUUGAAGCGGUGGUCGUGGGCCAGGACGGUGAAGCUGCAGAGGCGACCAUCGAGAAAGCUUUCAUUCAUGAUUUUGUUCGUAGUAUGGACUAUGGAUGGACGGCCGAGCAGAUCUGGACGGUGGAAAUAGUUGGCGAGGAAACGUAUUUGACACGUAGGAUUGUGGUCGUGAAGGGCUCGUCUAGCGAGUCUGCUAUCGUUUUCUAUAAACGUGAUUGA